AUGGCAGACGAAGGUCGUGGCGGUGGUGGGAGCUCCAAUGAUGAGGAUCUUUCUUUACCUCGAGCGACCGUACAAAAACUCAUUUCCGAAAUACUGCCGAAGGACAUUGUUUGCGCGAAAGAAACUCGAGAUUUGAUUAGUGAAUGUGGUGUUGAAUUCAUCCAUCUUAUCUCUGCCGAGGCAAAUGAGAUUUGUGAGAAGGAGUCAAAAAAGACCAUCGCUCCUGAACAUGUUCUCUCAGCUCUCAGGGAAUUGGGAUUUGAGAAAUAUAUAGAAGAAACCGAGGAAGUGUUGAAGGAUCAUAAGCAACAAGUGAAGGAGCGAGAGAAGAAAGGUUCCAAGUGGGAACAAACCGGUCUUACUGAAGAGGAGUUGCUAGAGCAGCAGGAGCAGCUCUUUGCUGCAGCACGAGCACGGUUUGAGGCCGCCGGCGGAGCAGCAGGGCCAAGUGGGUCUAGCUAA